ACAAGAUAAACAAAGCAGUGAAACGUUUCAAAUCAGCAAAGUAAAUAGACAAAGUGGCGCUCCGCCCGCCCCGCUCCCACGUCUGCAGCUGGAAUCCCAGGGCAGCGAUCGUCGCACUACCUCGGCUCUCCGCGUCCGAAGCCGAGCCCAGCGUCACUGCUGGAAAGGGGCGGAUCUGCUCGUCGGAGGUGUUUUCCAGCUUUAAAAAGGCAGCCGUCUACCUCCUUGACAAGCUCUGCGUCACGCAAACCCAGAGUCACUAGAAAUCUGAAUGACAAUAUUAGCAGACAGAGAAAAAAACACCGAACAAUUCCUUCUCAGGAGCGGGAGCGGUUACUUUUCAUUUAGAAUAAAUCUAACUUUUCACCUACUGCCAAAUUCUCUUUGCAUUUUAUAUGAAAGUAUCGCUCUGCUGUCACAAAGUGCUUUGAAUAAUCUGACACUGUAAUAGUGUGGACAAAACCGUUUUACAUUCACUUUAUCCAGACUUUCCAGGUUUUUUUUUCUUAAUUUGUAGCAGGAUAAAUGGUGUCAUUUCUUUUUUCAUUUUUUUGAUAUCAGAAAUUACUUUGUAAUAUCGACAUCUUCGCCUGCGAAAAACGCCAACCUGUCGCUAAUUGAAUGCAGGAUAAUCGCUGUCUGCGAGUCUCCUCCAAGUUCAACUUCGGACCACUUGCUCCGCAGGCUGUGGGAAAGGAAACGGGAUUGCUCUUUCUCCCGUCUCUCGCCGCCAACAUGAAGUCGGCUGAAGAAGAUGCUUUCAGCUAUUCCCAGAAUGCCAGCAUGUCCCUGCCUCUUGGUGUAGGGAAUCCUUGCCUGUCUUCCCAGUUCCAUGGCCUGGCACCCAGUCCUGUCAUCUCUGUGUCCUCCUGCCACCAGGCAGCCUACGGGUUGCUGGAAGACACCGGAGUCUCCAGCUACUACCUGUCGCCUGGCCUGCGGCCCAAUGGAGGCCCGACCCUGGAGAGCCCUCGCAUCGAGAUCACGGCCUAUGGGCAGCUGGCAGAGGACGACGUAAAGGAGAGUCGGCUGCCGGUGAGCAGGCAGCUGAGCUCAGCAGUGAUGCUUACCCUGCCUAGCACCGAGGGCUACCGUGAUCCAAGUGGCCUGAGCCCUGCCAGUAGCCUGUCGUCGCGGAGCUGUCACUCAGAAGCGUCCUCCUAUGAGUCAGGCUUCUCUUACAACUACGAUAACUCGCCAGCCACCUCACCCUGGCAGUCGCCCUGCGUCUCCCCCAAGGGCCCAUCCUCGCUAGCCUCUUGUGCCCUGGGUGGCGGCUCACCUCGUCAAUCGCCCGCCGCUUCUCCCCGCCCCACCUCGCCUUGUGGAGGAAAGCGCAAAUACAGCUUCAGUGGCUCAGGGGGCGGGGCUCCCUGUAGGCGUGCCUCGCGCUCGGCCACGCCUUCUCCGCAGGGCUCACCUUGCCUCGGGGCUGGGGAUGACACCUGGCCACCGGACACCAACCGGUACACCAACUCAGCCAUUGUCGCGGCCAUCAAUGCUCUAAGCACCGAUGGCGCCGGUGACAUUUCAGAGGGCAUCCCUCUCAAGGCUAGGAGGACCAACCAGGAGUCUGGCCCAGGCAUGAGUCUGAAGGUGGAGUCUGGAGGUGAGGAGCUGAUCCUAGGCGAAACCCAAGAAGAUUACCCAAGCCCUCGACUGCCCUUCAAGAAAGAGAACUACAGUGGAGGGUUUCUUGAUGUGCCCCAGUAUUCCUACUCUUGGUCAAAGCCAAAACCCUUCAUCAGUCCAUCCCUCCCUGCACUGGACUGGCAGCUGCCCUCCUGCUCCGGUCCAUACAACCUGCAGAUAGAGAUGCAGCCCAAGUCACACCACCGGGCCCAUUAUGAGACGGAGGGCAGCCGUGGUGCCGUCAAAGCCCCAUCUGGGGGCCACCCAGUGGUUCAGCUCUACGGCUACAUGGAGAAUGAGCCCCUCACGCUGCAGCUCUUCAUCGGCACGGCUGAUGACCGCCUGCUGCGUCCGCACGCCUUCUACCAGGUGCACCGUAUCACUGGCAAGACCGUGUCCACCUCCAGCCAUGAGGUCAUGCAGUCUAACACCAAGGUGCUGGAGAUUCCCCUGCUCCCAGAGAACAACAUGCGCGCCAUAAUCGACUGCGCAGGGAUCCUUAAACUGCGCAACUCCGACAUCGAGCUGCGGAAGGGCGAGACGGACAUCGGGCGCAAGAACACGCGCGUGAGGAUGGUCUUCCGGGUGCACAUCGAGCAGGCCAGCGGCCGCACCGUGUCGCUGCAGGCGGCUUCCAAUCCCAUCGAGUGCUCCCAGAGGUCGGCCCAGGAGCUGCCGCUUGUGGAGAAGCAGAACGUGGACAGCUGCGUGGCCACUGGGGGCAAGAAGAUGCUUCUAAGCGGACACAACUUCCUGCCGGACUCCAAGGUGCUGUUCCUGGAAAAGGCCCAAGAUGGUCACCAUAUUUGGGAGACUGAAGCCAAGGUUGAGAAGGAGUCCUUGAAGGCAGUAAGUUUGACACAUACAACGCUGGUGGUGGAGAUCCCACCUUACCACAACCAGAGGAUAUCCAGCCCCAGCCAGGUCAACUUCUAUGUUUGCAAUGGCAAGAGGAAGAGGAGCCAGUACCAACGUUUCACAUACCUGCCCCCCAACGCUCCGAUGAUCAAAACAGAGCCCAAUGAUGACUACGAGCCCCAGGGGGUGCCAGCUCUCGGUUUGCCCCCCAGGCCUUACUAUGGGCCGCAAGGCCUAAGCCCCAUGAUUCAUGCCGACCCCAGCCCCUGCCUGGCGGGAGGUUACCCCGCCUGCCAGCAAAGGCACGGCGGGGCAAUCCCACCCUCCUCCCCCGGCUCCAGCCCCACGCUGCACGACCUGACCCCCGCCGCCUACCCCAGGUGCCUUCCGGCUGGAAGGUCCCCUGACCACGCUGUGCCGGCCCUGCUACCGGUGGCGCAGGCAGGCAGUCCGCGCGGCUACACCCCGCCCCUGCUCUUUUCCGCCGGCAGCCCCGUUUCCUCCGCUCCAUCUCCAGGAUCUCACCCCUCCACUCCGGGCCUGGCUCCUGAGGGUCCAUUCGCCCCACCCGCCACCACGCUGGCCAGGAAGACCUCUCCUGCUCUGCUGACCGACAGCGCCACCCCUCCCGCCCUGCCGCUGCCGGUCACCAUCAAGCAGGAGCCCCAGGAGCUGGACCAGAUGUACCUGGACGAUGUUAAUGAAAUCAUCAGGAACGACCUUUCCAGCAUCUCAGUUCACAGCCAUGCGUAGGACCAUCAGUGGUGGCCUCACUGUCCAUGACCUUUGACCUUUGAACUUUUGCCCUCACCAAGCCAGACACAGGAAGCACAGGAAAAGGGAAAGGAAUCGCGUGUCAGAUAUAUGGGUCACACUGACGACGCGCUGAAUCCUGAAGAUGCCCUUCUCUCCCUCACAUUCCAUGACGACUGAGGGACCCAUCAGCCUGCACAGUUUCCAAGGAGAACAUGCUUUUGAAAGUGACAUUGACUGAAAUUCAUAUUUAAAUAGGAAAAAAAAACACAAAAGACUAGAAAACCAAAUGAUCUGCCUUAAAAAAAGACUUCAACAAACCCAGUUUCCAGAGAACAUCACUUCUUCAUCACAAGCUGUCACAGUUGUAGGACUUAAAAUCACCUGGCUUCAUUUGGCUAAAGUUUCCUAACAGAAGCAGUUAGCCAAAGAAGUGCCUUACUCCACCAGCAAACCAGACAGAAGCCUAUUAUUUUAUAUAAUUUUUUAUUAUUAUUGAUGGUUAAGUUCUAAUGUUUACUGGAGAAAAGCUGUGUAGGAUUCACCUAAAUGGCCUUUGUUGUGAUAUUCCCUUGUUCCCUUGCUAAAGAUGUAUGUCUGAUGUGCUUUGUAUGUUUAUAUGUGCAAACUGUACCUCAAAUGUAUGCCUUAGCCAUGUAUCACAGCUCUUCCUUUGCUGAGCAGUCAACCCCUAGCAAUGUUACCUUCACACAGCCAUUCAGAACACCGUUCAGAUUUCAUCAGAAGGCGUACAGAAUCAUAGAAACCACACAAGCUCAGGUUGGCAGGAAACCAAAAUUACAAGCUAGACCUUCUGUGAUGACGACUGUUAAUCGUUACGGGACUCAGCUGCAGCCAAAGACCCAAGAUGCACGUUUUUACAUUUAUGAGAAAUAUGCAGUGUAAACUCAUUGACAUAAUCGUGUUCUCAGACUAAUUGUUUAGUGUGGUAGAACAGUUGCUAUGCCCAGUGCCUGUGCAGGUCCAGACCAAGAGACACCUGCCUGGAAAUCAGCAGUCUCUUUAAAAAUACUCCUUCAGGUUUUCCCAUUCAGCCAUUUUGUAGUACUUAAUGCAAGUCACAGAGCGUGUAAAUAAGCUUACUGCUGUGUCUUUUGAUAUAUCUAUUAAUAUCAGUUUUUCCUGCCUUUUUCUUCUGGAGGGGAAAAAUUACUAAAGCUGGCAAUAAUGGAUUUUCAUAAACCAAAGGAUUCUACUUUUGGUGAAAUUAUUGCUCAAGCUUCAAACCUUGGAUGUUAUGGAUGAUUGUGAUACAUCUCAAAGAAUGUAUGCACUUUAGAUAGUGAGCUCACACUUGACAGAUGUCCAUCUCACCGACCGAAAUGCCCCAGGACACGUCAGGUUGGAUUUUCAUCAUUGUCUAAAGUGAUUAUUGUGCAUUAGGUAUGUGUGUAUAUAUAUAUUGUCUUUUUGGAGCAUGCUGUUGUAUUGUUGAUCAUAUUUUAGCAUACAGUACAUUGAAUGGCUAACUAAUACACAGGAAUGAAGUGUUCGCCCAUAGAUUAUGUCAUAGCAUGGUUAUGUGUAGGUGAUCAGGAGUAUAGAUAUUGUGUUCAUCAUUCCAAGUCUCCUCUAGGCAAAACUGUAACUCCCACUCCAGCCUAGUCGGACCUAAGGUGAAAUGUACCUUCCUCUUCAAUAUGAAAUAUUUAUGGGAAUCUGAAGAGGUAAUGUAUAUUGUGUUUAUGCAUACAGUACGUCACAUCUUCAAGGAACAAUGCUGAGAUAUUUAAAAAGAAAAUACCAUAUUAAUCAUGUUUGCACAUUACUGUGAAGACAAGAAUUUGAUGUGGCCCAAAGAUGACUUACAGAUCCAUGCUCUACAGACCUGUCUCUGCCUUGGCUGUUGUAUAUUGCUAUCUUUGCCUUAUGGCCUAAUCGGGAAAUGACGUUAUAUUGGCCAUCAAGGCUUUGCAGAUUACACUGCAGGUUAUGAACAGAUAUGUAUGUUCAUAUCUUACAUACCCUUCAGACUGCCUUGCGAUGAUAUGUUUAAGUGACAGGGCAAAUUUGCCUUGAACACUGGAACACUUUUCCAUGUAAAAUUCUAGUAUGAAUUAUGUGUCCCAGUUUUCGUUUGCCAUUGCAUGUUGAAUGUAUUCUGUUUUAUCAGCUUCCGUUCAUCGGCCGCAAGGCUUUGCUUUAGCUGAAUUUGGUUUUUUCUCCUGUUUUUUGGCCCACCUUGUGAGACCUGGGUUAAACCUCUCCUUAUGCACAUUGAAAACGUUGGCAUGUAAAUAAGAUAGAGCUUCGACGGUGCCUGCUUAAAUGGGUAGAUGUUUUCUCUGAGUGGGGCUGAAGGCUGAGGAGUUCCCCUCUACACGCACUGCAUGCUGCUUUCCUCCCUGCAUGAGGUGCACUGGCGGGGGGGGGGGGGGGGAGCAGGGCGGCUGUGCAGCCACACAGCACCUCCAAACCCUCUGUCAUCAUGAGGACACCUGCUGGGUGCCUCUCAGAAGAAGCCCCUCUGUUUAAAGCACUUGUCAUACCCACCUCUCCCCAACAUACACCCAUUCUCCUGGAAGGAACAAUAUUGAAGUGUGUUAUUAUUACCUCUGACGGAUUAUAAUGCUGUUUGCAAAUACCCUGAACUUUAAAGUCUAUAUGCAAUAAAGCACAAAAUACUCUGUUGACA